UUGGUUAGUGGCAAGCACUGCGCUCGGCGUAGGAAUACUACUUGAAAUGACGUAGAGAGGUCUUCAAUAAUGAUGAGCAGUCCCCGGAUAAUGGAUAACAAUAAACUCGUACACGGUUUAUCUUGACGUUGGCUGGUUAAAGCUUCUAUUUCAAAUGGUUCUUCAUUUUUGUUUAUGAAAGUUUUAUAUAGAACUAUUUUAUUUUAUUUGUAAAAGACAAUUCAGCCAUAAAUACAUUGCUUUCCACACGGACUUACAGUACAAACAGCUUUGAUAAAGAAUUUUUCAACAUUUUAUUGUGGAUGUUUGAAAGAAUGCACACAGCAAUGGCACACCGGCUCAUGAUAAUGACUGUGAUGUUUCUCCUUCAAGUAAUCUCGCUCUCAACUGGGAAAUACAUGCUCAACGAAGACGGAAUCCCUGAUACGAUAUUAAGCUCCGAUGACGCCGACCCAUUUACGGACUUUACCGACAGUGAAUUUGGAUUUACGAACGGCAACACCAAAGGCCCGUCGUUUCAAUACGACAAAGACAUACAAGCACUUGUGGAUAUAAUCUAUAAGCAGGAAAUGAUAAAAUUACAAAACCAGAGAAAAAAGGAAGACUUUCACCCGGACCACAUUGACGCAAAAAGAGCAUGGCGUUUUCCACAAUAUGACUUUGGCAGAAUAUUUAGUAGUUCAUUCCUGAGAAAACCAGUCGUGUCGAAGGCUCCCACAUUUUCAAGACGUCGGACUCAACAGCUGUCGGUCUCCGGCCCUUUAUCGGCCCUGGCAAACAUGCUCGCCGCCGAGGGACGACGUCGUGUCCAGGCGCAAUCUUUUCACAACAGAAUGAGACUGCUAGACCUUGGGAAGCGGAGCAAGGAGACGGUGGAUUCGCCCGUUCAAGAUCAAGAUGUUAUGGACAGAGAUGACUUUGAAUUCUUUACACAAUAAUGAAAAUGUGCUCAUUUAUAAUUGUUAUAAAUAGCGUAUUUGCCAUUAUAGUGUGAACUAUAGAUGCUAGUUGAUAUUUAUUUAUAACAGGUAAAAUAAUUGUUCGAUGGAAACCGUGGAACUAAUGAAAGAUCGGACUUUAUUGUGAACUUCUAAAUUGAACUUCUAUUGAGGGUAAACACAUAUAUCAUUGUGUUAGUAUCACCUGUAGACUAGGCCCCAAUUUCUCGAAACAUAACAGGAUUUAGCUUAGCUCACUUUUUUUUGGUUUGUUAUGAUUGGUGUAUUGUUCACAUUCUUAAGAUAUUUUCCACGACUUCAAAAAGGAAACUAUAUUUAUGAUUAUCAUCACAAACAAAUAAAAUCAUUUAGUAAAAAUCAAGGAUAAUUCGAGAAAUUUAGGCCGGUAGUGUAUUAAGAAUCAAACAUAAAACUCAGCUUAUCUAUUGUUUAGAUGUUUCACUGAUUUAAUGUUUGAUUUUAUAUACGUAUAUCACAUUGGCGUAUGUAACAAAGAGCGGAAAACAAACUAAAGACACUCAAAGCCACAAUGUGAUCAGUAACAUCUGACAUGAUUUUCUCCUCUUAUUUCUUUGGUUUACAUAAGCUUUUAUAUUUUUUCUGUUAUUUUUUCACCCAGUUCAAUCUUAAUCUAUAAAAAAAUCACGUCCUUGUGUUUUGCCUAAGCGGAGCGGGAACACAAUUUUAAUUAAUGAUUAUAAUGAAACAGCAAUGGUUCUUUUGCCGCCUUACAAACGGGCAGAAAAAAUAUCAGGUUGACUCAAAAAUGAACACUAUUUAUAAACCUGCUUUAUGGUGAAUAUGAAGUUGCUCCUUAAAAAUAAGAUAGAUAUUCCAUCUGGUGAUGAUUAUUGUAUUGGUCGAAGGCUUGUUCAAGCAGGACCUGUUUUCCAUCGUGUAAAUGUGAUGGACUUUCAA